AUCGAGCGUGGAAGCGGCGAUGACCCGAGGAUGGAGGCACCCAAUUGAAGCAACAUGGGGCUCUGUCACAAGUGGAGACCGCUGGGGCUCCAGCUGCGGCUCCUGGGGUUGCAAGCCCGCGAGCUACACACGGUGCGUGAGGCCUCUGUGCCGACCCCUCCACAUGGGUUGGCAGAGCGACGUGGCCUUUUUGAGGAGCUGUGGACCGCUCAAGUGAAAAGGUUAGCAAGCAUGGCACAGAAGAAACCCCAAACUAUUAAGAUAUCACUUCCUGGAGGCCAGAAAGUGGAUGCUGUGGCUUGGAACACGACCCCAUACCAACUAGCGCAGCAAAUCAGUUUAACCCUGGCUGAUACUGCAGUGGCUGCUCAAGUGAAUGGAGAACUUUAUGAUUUGGAGCGGCCCUUAGAGACAGAUUGUGACCUCAGAUAUCUGACAUUUGAUUCCCCAGAGGGGAAAGCGAUAUUCUGGCACUCUAGUGCCCACGUUCUGGGGGCAGCAGCCGAACAACUACUGGGUGCUGUUCUCUGCCGAGGUCCAAGUACAGAAUGUGGCUUCUUCCAUGACUUCUUCCUGGGAAAAGAGAGGACAGUCCGGGGGUCUGACUUACCUGCUUUGGAACGGAUUUGCCAGGAGAUUGCAGCGGCUGCUCAACCAUUCCGGAGGCUCGUGGCUUCCAAGGAUCAACUUCGCCAGCUCUUCAAGGACAACCACUUUAAGCUUCAGCUAAUUGAGGAGAAAGUAACAGGUCCAACAGCAACAGUAUAUGGAUGCGGCACGUUGAUCGACCUUUGCCGGGGUCCCCACCUCCGGCACACGGGACAGAUUGGAGGGCUGAAGCUGCUCACGAGCUCAUCGUCCUUGUGGAGCUUGUCAGAGGCCCCUGAGACACUACAGAGAGUGUCGGGAAUUUCCUUCCCCACAGCAGAGUUGCUGAGGGGCUGGGAAGUACAGAGGGAGGAAGCAGAGUUGCGGGACCACAGGCGCAUUGGGAAGGAGCAGGAGCUCUUCUUCUUCCAUGAGCUGAGCCCCGGGAGCUGCUUCUUCCUGCCUCGCGGGACAAGGGUGUAUAAUGCCCUUGUGGCCUUCAUCAGGGCUGAGUACGCCCGCCGUGGCUUCUCAGAGGUGAAAACUCCCACACUGUUUUCAACAAAACUUUGGGAAAAGUCAGGGCACUGGGAGCAUUACAGGAAAGACAUGUUUGCCCUGCAGUCUCCAGACCCUAACUCUAACUCUCAGAGCGGCCAUGCCAAAGGUACACUCGCCCUCAAGCCUAUGAACUGCCCUGCCCACUGCCUGAUGUUCGCCCACCGGCCCAGAUCCUGGCGGGAGCUGCCUGUGCGUCUGGCUGACUUCGGUGUCCUGCAUCGGGCAGAGGCCUCUGGCAGUCUAGGAGGACUAACCCGACUCUGGGGCUUCCAGCAGGAUGAUGCACACAUCUUCUGCACAUUGGAUCAGCUGGAAGCAGAGAUCCGAGGCUGUCUUGACUUUGUCCGCUCUGUGUAUGCCGUUCUCGGCUUCUCCUUUCGCCUGGCACUGUCCACACGGCCAUCCGGCUUCCUAGGGGAUCCUUCCCUGUGGGACCAGGCUGAGCGAGUCCUUCAACAGGCCUUGGAAGAAUGUGAAGAACCCUGGGAUCUUAACCCUGGAGAUGGUGCUUUCUACGGGCCCAAGAUUGAUGUCCACCUCCAUGAUGCUCUCGGUCGGCCCCAUCAGUGUGGGACAAUCCAGCUGGACUUCCAGCUGCCCCUGAGAUUCAAGCUCCAUUACAAAGGGCAGGGGCCCUGGAAUGUCCAGUCCUCAUUCACCGAGCGGUGCUUGGUUCUGUGGAAAGGCUGUUGGGAGUACUGGCCGAAAGCUGUGGGGGAAAAUGGUGAGAAAUCUGACACCAGAUUUCCCGUUCUGGUCCUCCAAGUCAGUCCGUGUUCCAGGCCCCUGUGGCUGUCCCCAUUCCAAGUGAUGGUCAUCCCCGUGGGGACAGAGCAAGAGGAGUAUGCCCGGCAGGUACAGCAGUGUCUGCAGGCUGCAGGACUAGUCAGCGACCUAGAUGCCGACCCUGGACUGACCCUCGGCCGGAGAGUCCGCCGGGCCCAGCUCGCCCACUACAAUUUCCAGUUUGUGGUUGGCCAAAAAGAGCAGAGCAAGAGAACGGUGAACGUCCGAACGCGAGACAACCGGCGACUCGGCGAGCGGGACUUGGCUGCGGCUGUGCAGAGGCUGCUGGAGCUGCAGAACACCAGGGUCGCCAAUGCUGAAGAGACGUUCUGAGCCCUCGUCCCUAGGUGGGGCAGAAACCUGUGAGAGCCACCAGACUUCCUAACACUUCAGCCCGGCUGUCAACCCAGAAUUCCUCCCAGUCCCCAGAAGUGCAUGUGUCUUCUGAAAAUCGACUUGGUUUGGUGCUGCACAGAGGAGGGAACUGUGUGUGGAUAUGAGGAGAAGGAAAUGGAAAAAA